UUUGAUAAAAUAUUACUUGUGCAAGAAUGUGCUCAGAAGUCGUUCGCCCAGAGAAGAGAGGGCUAGGUAGGAGACUGCAUCGAACACAGAUGUUUUUCUCAUAAAUGGUAGAGACAGCCCUCGUAACCAUCGGAUUUUCUUGGAACUCGGUUUGGCCAGAAAGCUGAAGAGGAUUAUUCGUUAAGUUGCAGAGAUAUUUUAUUAUUGUGAAAAAUAUUGUCAACAUGUCUACGCGGCCUGAUGAUCACCGGAGAAAGUGGAAUCGGGAGGAGUAUGAAAGGAUCGCGUUACAAAGACUUCAGGAUGAGAUCGCGGAGGAAGAAUUGGGUAUUCCCAAGCAGCCGGCGGUCAAAAGAGAAUUGCUGAAACAGAGAGACUACAAGGUAGAUCUAGAAUCUAAACUGGGGAAGAGUGUGGUCAUCAACAAAAAUACUCCGUCGUCUCAAACUGGAGGGUACUACUGCAACGUCUGUGACUGCGUGGUCAAAGAUUCCAUCAAUUUCUUGGAUCAUAUCAAUGGGACGAAACAUCAACGUAACCUGGGCAUGUCCAUGAAGAUAGAGCGAUCUACGUUGGACCAAGUUAAGGCGAGAUUCGCUCAAAACAAGAGAAGACUCGAAGAGAAGAAGAAGGAUUACGACUUGGAGCAAAGAGUAAAGGAAUUGAAAGAAGAGGAAGAGAAGAUUAAAGAAUACAGGAAGGAGAAGCGGAAAGAUAAGAAGAGAAAGAUCGAAGAGGCUGAGGACGACGCGGGACCUUCUGACGAGAUGGCCGCGGUUAUGGGAUUCUCCGGCUUUGCCUCGAAGAAGAAGUGACGAACCGUGUCCAACAAAUAUUCAUGAACAGUUUUUCACGAUCCUUGAAGAUGUGGAUGGUAUUCUCCUGAGAAAGAUGGUGAACAGUACGAUAGGAAGACAAGUGGAAAUGAAUAAAUGGCGAACGGCUUUUAGCACCGACCCGUGGAAUUUGUGGAGGCGAUUUGCGAAUGUGCGUAUUUGUUACUUUCACUUUUUCCAUUGUUGUUCCAACAGUUCCAUGUUCGCUUGAGAGGAGAGAAAACACUGUCCGAUCAGUGUGAGCGUAAUAAAAUUUUAGAUGUGAA